AUCAAAUGGUGCAGCUAUAAUGUCUUGUCCACUCCAAUAUUGGUCUUCGUCAAGAUCAUGUGCUACAGACACCAAGGGAUCUUACUGUAUCUUGCCAAGCUAUAUUCUUGGACUUGAUCGCAGAAGAGGCUUAAAAGAACAAAUUCCUUUUGGGAGUCCAUCGUCGAGACUGAACUCAGUCUCUCUGACUGGGAGACACGCAUCACGUCCAACAAUGGCGACAGCAGCAAGUGUCGUACAGGAAAGCGAAAAUGGCACUGGCCUAAAUACAACAGAUCAGAGCAAAGUAGCAGUCUUUUCUGCGGCAAGAUACGUGCAUGAAUUUCUACAUGAGCCCAUCAUGAGUAAUUUCCCCGGCAGCACCUUCAUCGAGGCACAACUGGAUGUCAACACAGCCCCGUUGGCAGCAGGGCACCAGGUCAUCUGCUGCUUUGUGAACGACGACCUUUCCAAGGAUGUUGUCAACAAGCUGGCUGAGGUCGGUGUCAGAUUUGUGGCCAUGCGGUGUGCGGGCUUUGACAGAGUGGAUGUGAAGGCAUGCGAGCAGGCAGGCAUCGCCGUCGCACGGGUGCCCACUUACUCACCGGCAUCUGUUGCCGAGCAUGCCGUGGCCAUGCUCCUCUGCCUGAACAGGAAUCUGCACCUGGCGCACAUCCGCAUGUGGGCAGGGGACUACACGCUGUCAGGCCUGGUGGGAUUUGAGCUCAAGAGCAAAACUGUCGGCGUGCUGGGCACCGGUGCCAUUGGAGCGGCCGCCUGCCGCAUAUUCAGGGGGUUUGGGUCGAGGGUGCUCGCGCAUGACAUCUAUGAGAGUGAGGAGGUGAGGGCGCUGGGAGUGGAGUAUGUGUCCAAGGAGGAUCUGCUGAGGCUGGCUGACGUCAUCUCCUUGCACUGCCCCCUGCUGCCCUCCACCUACCACAUCAUCGGCGCAGAAAGCAUAGCGACCAUGAAGAGGGGAGCAAUCAUCGUGAAUGUCAGCCGAGGCGGCCUGGUGGACACAGAUGCAGCCACAGAUGCGCUGGAGAGCGGCCAGCUCGGGGGACUGGCUCUGGACGUCUACGAGCACGAAGGCUCCCUCUUUUUCAAGAACUGGACCGCGGUUACGGCUGGAGAGCGGUUCAGGUCCUGGGACAAGAAAUUCCAGACACUGAAAUCUUACCCCAACGUCUUGGUCACCCCCCACUCGGCCUUCCUCACAGAGCAGGCCCUGUCAAACAUCGCUGCCACCACCGUAGAUAACAUCGAGGAAUUUGGCGCCGGCAAGAAGCUCACGUACCAGGUGUUACCAAAGUGAGGCAGGAUGAUUUGAGUGAGUUUCCUUGGAUCUGUCAGAAACUGUGUGAUUGAGUAGAUAUUGUAUACUACAGUUAUGCCGCUCACGUCCAAGCAUGUUCUUCCCUGCCCUUGAGCAGAGCGUUCAAAUCUUUCAGGAUCAUGAGGACUUUGCCUUUGGUAAAUUUAGUGUAGUGUAAGGAGAAUUGCAACCC